AUGGCCGACGACAAAGACAAGGACGUCGAUGACUCGGCCUCCAGGCUACUGAAGCUUUCAGUGUCGACCCCGAAGCCACCUUACGAUGGUCAGUGCUCCCCGCCGGUUACCACCUCCCAUGGGCCCUUGAGCAGCGACGUCCACGCUCGAAUCCUCGCUUUCCAGCAAAAACGGGCUAGUCAAUCCCUCAAGGAAUCCCCAAAGGAAGGUCGCCUGCCUUCGACCUCCCACUCCCAAAUGCAUUUGCCUACCAUGCCCGCAAAACCGUUGCCGCCUUUACCGCACGUCAAACCUCUGGCUGGGUCCGACAACCUGGUGCCUAAACUGUCCCUUGUACCUUCUCCAUCCAUCGAACUGCCUCCAGCAGAAUCUUCUCCAUUUGCCAAAGGCUCGAUGCUGCCUUCCCUGAAUAAUUCUUUUGAUUUGGGUAAGAAACCGUCUUUAUCUCAAAGAAGAGGCGUACCACCACAUCUCAAUUCUACGGGUGAACUCGCAAGACGUCUUUCUGAACGUAAGAAGAGACCCGACUUCAAACUUAAUCUUAAUGAGCUGUCCUCCUCUGCCACCAGCUCAGAAGCUCCCAAUUCCGACGUCAGCUCUGUCGAAUCCAACCAAGCUGCUCCUCAAAAACUUCAAGGUCUUUUUGCCAAUUAUUCCAAAUAUGUCGAUAUCAAAUCUGGCUCUUUGAAUUUCGCCGGAAAGGCCUCCUUGCAUUCCGAUGGUAUCGAUUUUUCUUCGGGUCUGUCAUUCCACAUCUCACUCGAUGAAUUACAAUUUCUUGAAGAGUUGGGCAGAGGUAAUUACGGUAUCGUCUCCAAAGUACUCCAUAAACCUACUGGCGUGCUCAUGGCCAUGAAGGAAGUCAGACUUGAGUUAGAGGAAAACAAGUUCACCCAAAUCCUCAUGGAACUUGAAGUUCUCCACAAGUGUAAUUCUCCAUACAUUGUUGAUUUUUACGGCGCUUUCUUUGUUGAGGGUGCCGUUUACAUGUGUAUGGAAUUCAUGGACGGUGGAUCGCUCGACAAGUGCUAUGGUAACGGCGUUCAAGACGAAGCCUGCCUUGCUUAUAUCACCGAAUGUGUCAUCAGAGGCCUCAAAGAACUUAAGGACCAACACAAUAUCAUUCAUAGAGAUGUUAAACCUACAAAUAUCUUGGUUAAUUCUUUGGGUAAGGUGAAGCUCUGUGAUUUCGGUGUUUCUGGUAACUUGGUUGCUUCUUUGGCCAAGACGAAUAUUGGCUGUCAAUCAUACAUGGCACCUGAGCGUAUCAAGACAAUGAACCCUGAUGACGCAACAUACUCCGUCCAAUCUGACAUUUGGUCUUUAGGUCUCACAAUCUUAGAGAUUGCUGCCGGUAGAUACCCUUACCCACCCGAAACAUUCGAUAAUAUCUUCUCGCAGUUGAGUGCGAUCGUUGACGGUGAACCACCCAAGCUUGAUAGUAACAGCUUCUCGAAAGAGGCCCAAAUAUUUGUCAAAUCUUGCUUAAACAAGAACCCAGAUCUUCGUCCUCCCUACGAUGUGCUUCUUGAAUCACCAUGGCUAACAAAGCAAAGAGGUGUUGAUCCUCACAUGGAUCGUGUUGUCCAAGAGAACUUGAAGGCUCGUAAGGAAGCUAAGGCUGAGAGUCAACCGAAGAAAUCUGGUCAAGGUCUGUCAAGAGCUGGUGUUAAUGUCGCCAAUGCUGGCGCCGCUCUGGUGAUGGGCAGAGAAAAUGUUUCAUCUUUGCUUAAAAACAAAGUCAACGCACCUGCGCUUCAUAGAGGGGGCUUACCAUCUCAAAGGUUUAGACGAUAA